UCCGGGCCGCGGGCCGGAGCGGGUCGUGCGCGCUGAGGAGGAGCCGCCGCCGCCGUCGCCGUCGCCGCCACCGCUGCCACCGCUACCGAGGCCGAGCGGAGCCGUUAGCGCCGCGCCGCCGCCGCCCGUCCUCCCGCCCCGGAGCAGCCCCGGGCCCGCCCGCCCGCUUCCAGAUUUUUGGAAAAUACCAUGUCUAAUGGUUAUGAAGACCACAUGGCCGAAGAUUGCAGGGGUGACAUCGGGAGAACGAAUUUAAUUGUCAACUACCUCCCUCAGAACAUGACCCAGGAUGAGUUACGAAGUCUGUUCAGCAGCAUUGGUGAAGUUGAAUCUGCAAAACUCAUUCGGGAUAAAGUAGCAGGACACAGCUUGGGCUAUGGCUUUGUGAACUAUGUGACGGCAAAGGACGCGGAGAGAGCCAUCAACACGCUGAACGGCCUGAGGCUCCAGUCAAAAACCAUUAAGGUGUCGUAUGCUCGCCCGAGCUCAGAGGUCAUCAAAGAUGCCAACUUGUACAUCAGUGGACUCCCGAGAACCAUGACCCAGAAGGACGUGGAGGACAUGUUCUCUCGGUUCGGGCGAAUCAUCAACUCCCGGGUCCUUGUGGACCAGACCACAGGUUUGUCCAGAGGGGUUGCGUUUAUCCGGUUUGACAAACGGUCGGAAGCGGAAGAGGCAAUUACCAGUUUCAAUGGUCAUAAACCCCCAGGUUCCUCUGAGCCCAUCACAGUGAAGUUUGCAGCCAACCCCAACCAGAACAAAAAUGUGGCGCUCCUCUCGCAGCUGUACCACUCGCCGGCUAGACGGUUCGGAGGCCCCGUCCACCACCAGGCACAGAGAUUCAGGUUCUCCCCUAUGGGUGUAGAUCACAUGAGUGGGCUUUCUGGUGUCAAUGUCCCAGGAAAUGCUUCUUCUGGCUGGUGCAUCUUCAUCUACAACCUUGGCCAAGACGCCGACGAGGGGAUCCUCUGGCAGAUGUUUGGCCCCUUUGGCGCCGUCACCAAUGUGAAAGUGAUUCGUGAUUUCAACACCAACAAGUGCAAAGGGUUUGGCUUUGUGACCAUGACAAACUAUGAAGAAGCUGCAAUGGCCAUAGCCAGUCUGAACGGCUAUCGCCUGGGGGACAAAAUCUUACAGGUUUCCUUCAAAACCAACAAGUCCCACAAAUAACUCGCUCAUGCUUUUUUUGUACGGAAUAGAUAAUUAAGAGUGAAGAAGUUGAAACUUUUUUUGUUAGUGUACAACUCAUUUUGCGCCAAUUUUCACAAGUGUUUGUCUUAGUCUGAAUGAGAAGUGGAAGGUUUUUAUACUCUGGGAUGCAACCGACAUGUUCAAAUGUUUGAAAUCCCACAAUGUUAGACCAAUUUUAAGUUUCGUAAGUUAUUUCCUUUAAGAUAUAUAUUAAACAGAAACCUAAGUAGACUGCAUUGACUAACCAGUCCCUCUGGAUGGUGGUGAAACUGAAGCAUGCUUUAACUUCUAAGACUGUCUAACACUCGUUUCAUUCGAUGUCUCCACAAACUGGAUAAAAAACAAAGUGAUUUUUUAGUUUUAGUUUUUAAACUGAAGAUGUUAGACAGAUGCUGAGUGUGCGUUUUCUCAACCUUCAACAUUUUAAGCGAUUUAUGCUUUGGUUGACAGGAAGUUGCUUUCCCAGGCAGGUCCCGUUGCCACCUCCUGCUCACUCAGUCCUGGGCUCUGCCAAGUGAGUGGUCCUGGGAGUGGCAGCGGGCCCGUCCAAUGUGAGCCACCACCAGGGAGGGGGGCUGCAUGCCGGGCCGGGCCCUCCAGAGAAGGACACAGUGUGUUUCGUAAGCCCAGGCACCAAUGGGAACGGACCAAAGAGUUUCAGGGAAACUCCAGUAUAUUCCAGAGUCAGAUCUGAGCUCCAGGCACGCCUGAAGAUGUGUUGCUACUCUGACAUCCUGAAUUUCUGUCCACACAUUGCAUGCACGGUGCCCCACACGUCGGAUACUGUUGUUCAUGAUAAUUUCUCCAGUUUCCAAGAGCUUUUAACAUAGCUUGAAGGCGUACAAUAGCUCUAUUUUUUAAUAACACAGAAACAUUUGAGCAUUGUAUUUCUCGCAUCCCUUCUUGUGAGCGCUAGACUUUUUUCUAUUUUAGUCGGAUUUUGUUUUGGAAUUUUGCUUUCAUAUAGAACACUCAGCAGAAAAGUACUUCACUUCUUGCCAGUUAUCCUAUUAACAAAAACCUUUGAUUUGUAGUUUUAAAGAUUAACCCUCAAAAGUUCUCUUCAUAACUGCCUUGACAUUUUGGGUUGUUCUGUUCUGUUAAUUUUCUUUUGCUUUUUUGUGUUUUUUGUUUGUUUUUACUUUUGCAUUUAAGACCAUUAAAUUUGAUUUUGUUUUGCUCGAA